AUGGUAGAUGAUUGCCCAGAAGUCUCCCACACCACAUGCCUUAGUCUGAUCCAACAAAUUGAAGAACAGCGUAGUAAGCUCAUGCUGAAGGCCCUGCGAAAUGAUUGCCCAGACCCCGCUGACUGGUUGCGUAUGCCGAAGGAUGAGUUCCUGGAGCAUCUUGAGGACUGGGCGUUGGACCUAUGGGGUUUGCCCUCGUCGAAUGCGCCACUGAUCCCAACUGAGGGAUACGGCAGCCAGGACACCGGGUUAAACAGGCAUCGGAGAAGAAGGAUUAACAGGGGGAAGGUGGUUCUGUGCUUUGCCCCGGGAAACCCAAAGUGGAACUUCAAGGGAUCCCAGGAAAUCUUGAGGGUAGACAACAGGCCGGGCCAGGGGCUAGAGAAUCAGGCGCUGUACCAGUAUCUUCUUCUGUGGGCUCGUGAGGGUCUCAUAGAGGGGGUUGUUGGGGAGCUGCCUGAGGGUGAUCUGGCCUUCAAACGAUGUAUUGUGCUGACCGAGGUAGCCCUCCAAGGAGUGUGGCAUGGGUCAGCUAAGACCAAACAAGCCCUUGUCAUCUUAAAGUCACCAGAACAAAGCAAGCAGUGUCAGGAUGUUGGAGCACAAAAGGUGUCCGCCCGAUGGUCCCUUAAGCUGGUCUCUUUCGAUCUUGGAGCCUUGGAUGGUCUGUCCGUUGGGCCAACACAUGUCUUGACUAACAGUGGUCACUUGUGGGAAGCCCUUGAAGAGGUGCGAAUCCCCAGAAACGCACCGUGGAUCCCAUCGGAGCACUCUGAUGGGGAACCGGCUCGUCGAGUGUGGCCGACGUCCCUUUGCACUGUGGUUCACCAAGCCAUGGCCGAGUGGCAGCAGGGUUUGAAGCAUCGUGAGGACAAGGAUAGGCUGCGGGUCUCCAGGCUUCAGCACCUUCUUGCACUGGGGUGGGAACCGGGGGAGAUGGAUGAUGCGUGUAUCCUUCGGUCUUUGAAGCCCAGAUCCAAGGAGAUGUUUCGAAAGCACUGCCUAGCAGGGCAUCGCCCGUGGCGGGCGGACUGUGCUGCAUGUGUGGACUCCAUGGCUCAUAUCAGACCUCACCGUCGCCUUAAGAUGUCCCGGGUUUGUGGCCUGAACAUUGACGUUUCGGGCCCUCAUAGAACGGCCGAUUCGGAAGAUCAAGAUGUUGCUCGCCCUAGGUAUUUUCUGGUUGGCAACUACUCUUUCCCGAUGUUCCAGUAUCCGGCUGAUGCGAAGCCGGAGUCGGAAUCCAUACCUGUCGAAGCACCCAUCCCCGAUGAGUGGGUUGACGAGCCUGAGGAAAACCUUUUGCCAGAACCGGGGGAGUGCGAGGGAGCGGGAGUCUGGGAGGAAGCUGAAGAGCCUGAUAGGCGCGGGGUGGACUGGAUUGAUGAGGCCAGGGUAAAAGGGGAGAAUAAGAAGUGGGAUACGGUUAUUGCGGGAUGUAAAGAGCCAUCAUAUAAGGUCCUUAAUAUUCCCUUACUUGAAAUCCUGCCGACCAAGUCUCCCCAAGCCAUCGUAAGUGCACUGAACCGCUUCUAUGCGAAACUGCGAAGCUGGGGCCUCCCUGUGUUCAGGCUUCAUUCAGACCAUGCCCAGGCCUUGACUCAUAAAAGUGUGAGUGACUGGGCCGCACACCGUGGAAUAUAUAAGACCACUGCAAUGCCCGAGCAGCCUGCCGGAAUAGGGAAGGCUGAGCAGCUGGUAAAGGCAAUAAAGGCACAGGUUCGAGCCCUGCUGAUAUCCUCCGGUGCUCCGCCAGGUCUGUGGCCACAUGCUGCCCGGUAUGCUUGCGCCAGUUUGCAGAGGAGAGCCCUUCUCAAAGUUGGCCAUGACUCCAAACCAUUAGUUCCCUUCUAUGCUGUUGUCAAGUUUCGGUCGCGUACCUGGAGGGACACUAAGUGGGGGUCAAGGGCCACUCAGGGAAGAUUGGUUGCGCCCAGUACAGAUAUAAGUAAGGGGUACAUAGUAAGGGUGGAUGAUAAUGGGGUAAAUCGUCUGUAUGCAACCACCUUAGUGUAUCGCGACUUCCAGGAGGAGCCUGAACCACCCACCAUAGAAGGCCCAGAUGAGCCGGCGCCUGUGGUGCUCCCGUCAGGGGCAGUGGUCGGCAGACCGGCGCCUGAAGGUGCGGCCGAAAUUCAGGUGCCGCCUGAAGUUGCAAAUCCAAUAGCUGAGGCACCCAAGGUCUUGCCCGACGGAUCUCUUGAUGUUGAAGCAGAUGACACCUGCCAUGUGCACUUGCUACAGUCCAAUGCCCCGACUGUCGGUGAGUUGGGGGUUGUAGUUGAGGACCUUAGGGGCGAAGCGCUUGAAGCGUCUACGAGGUCCUUGUUGGGGUAUGCCAUGCGUUACCAUGUCGUGUCAGACGAUGAUUUGGACAACCUUGCAGGGCAGAUAGGAAUCCAGCCCAUGAACUACCGCUGCCGCAGCAAUAUUGCUGCGUUGCUCAAAGAGUGGUGCAGUCGCUCCGAGGGCAUUCGAGCUAGUAGCACUGGUUGUAGCCGCACUGUAGGGGUGUACCAUUACGGGGGAGUAGUGGGUUUAACGCGUGACCAUGAAAGCUUCCCAGGCAUCACGGCCUUGCUGGCCAACCUGGUGAAACAGUUGACGCCUGGAGUGUGCUUCUCUGCGGUCAGUGUGUCAUGGCAAGCCCGCCAUGUCCCUCACCGAGACGUGCAUAAUGCAAAAAACACGCCAAAUAUCCUCAUUCCCUUGAUGCUCCCGAAGCAAGGUGGUCGCUUGUGGCUGUCGGUUGCGCCUGGUGACAUAGUCGUUGGCCCGAUACAAAUGUGCACCUUGCCUGACGGGCAAGAGCAGGCCGGACAGGUUCUUGGUUUAAAGCCCUGGGUUCCCACUGUGUUCGACGCAAAGCGCUGGCAUGCCACUACAUCCUACCAGUCUGAGGAACCCCGCUUGGUGGUGGUUGCCUACAUGCCUGUGCUAGCCACUCGGCUAACGACUCCGCAGCGUGAUGCCUUGCGUGCGGUCGGCUUUCCUUGUGAUGAUGCGAGUGUGUGUGUUGACGAGGCGCUUCGGGCCUGUCAACAGGGGGAGUCUACUUCCGAUUCUCUUGACGCAGAUUCUGCGUUGGCUGGUUGUUCUUCAGCUGUGAACGUUGGUCAGACUACUGGAACGACCUUGCCAUCGCUGGCAGCAUGUGCUGGUGUGAGGCCCUGGUGGUGUCCCCCCCCGGAGCCUGCCAAAGCUGGUGAUGUUGCGCCGAUGCCUUCAGAUUCCGAUGUUCGCUUGCGUGCUGCAAGGGGGUCCGGGUUAGUGUGGGGGCAGGAGGAGAAACAUGGCCCCAGGUGGUAUCACGCACUUCCUCUGCCGAACCUAGAGCCUGUAGAUGUCGAUAUGUGUGAAGAUGCUGAAGGUUCCGAGGAGCAUCGGGAGGCAUUAAGGGUGAGGCUGGAAGGUCUGAGAUUAUCUGCGUUGGCCACGUUAAGAGAUCAGGAGACCGCUCUUGCAAAAGAUGUGCAGGCAGGCUGUGCGGACUUAGCUGAGUCAGCUGCCACACUUCUGGCUCGGAUUCAUGUGGAGGUCCAGGCCCUUGAAAACUUGCUUGAUUGGUUGUCCGGAUAUGAAAACUAUGACCCCGAGAACGAUGGCCAGCAAAACUCCGACCUUCACUUGAGAGCAGUAAGCGUGGACGAAGGAGAGCAGCUCCUUCAGACUAAAAUAGUGUCCAUAAAUGAAGUGAUGGCCGACAUCGAAGGCUGGAUAGAAGCCCUAAGGUCCGAGCUCACUUCGCUGACCGAGGUGAAUGGCGCAACGGGGGUCAUCACAGAAGAGGAGGUUAGACAACUUGAGUCUGAUCCCACCCUAGAAGUUGUAAGGGUGCCGGGAAAAAUUGUUGCGAGCAUUAAGCCGCCCCGAAAGAAGAAGGCUCGGCUGGUAGCUUGCGGAAACUUUCUUAACCGGCCCAAAAACAGAGGAUCACCCACCUUGGAUAGAAGGGAUCUGUACUCAGCAGGUAUGGACACCUUAUCUCUUAGGACCCAAUUGGGGGUGGGGGCUCUUUAUGGGUGGGAUUGCGGGUCUCUUGACGUCAAAACUGCCUUUUUGACUGCUCCUUAUCAGCCAGGCCGGUCAGAUUCUCCUGGAAAACGGAAGGUUGUGGUGGUUCGAGUGCCCCAAGCCAUGAUUGCUGCCGGGUUAUGCCCCUCUAAAUCCUGGUUGCGGGUUUUCGGCGCGCUUUACGGAUUGCAAGAAUCCCCGCAUUCAUGGUCUCUUGACAGGGAUAAAAAACUGAAGUCUGUGGAGUGGGUUGGGGCGUGUGGGCACACCAUGAAAUUUCUGCAAACGAAGUCAGAUGUAUCUAUGUGGCUAAUUUGGGAUACCAAAGAACAGCAAAUCAAAGGAUCCUUAGGAGUCUACGUUGAUGACCUUCUCUUCAUGGCAUGCGGCCCCGAGCUGAAGAAGGCUAUGCAAGCGGUUCAGAACCUGUGGACAUGUUCAGCGCCCGAGUUCGCGUCGGGAGAGACAGGUUUGAAGUUUUGCGGCCUGCAAAUCUGGAAACGAGACGGAUGCAUCUGUGUGGGUCAGCCUGACUACAUUAACGACUUGGCUAAUAGAUAUCCCGAUUUAACGCCCUCCCCUAAUCUCCCGGAUUUGAGACUUGAUCCCGAACCUGAAACUGUGGAGAUCUCUGACAUCCGACAGGGACAGAAGAUAGUGGGAGAGCUCACUUGGGUUGCAAACCGCUCUAGAAUGGACAUUGCCUUUCCAGUUAAUCGCCUUAGCAAACUUGUGCUAAAAUACCCUCGGUAUGUGUGCGAGGCGGGACGCCAACUGAUCCGAUAUCUGCUCUUCACUGUUGACGUGGUUCUUCAGUAUGGUCCCAAUGUCUCUUUCCCUGCUGACUUUGUCGAGGCCUUAGUAAAAAGGCCCAGUGAGCUGGACUUGUGCACCUUUGCCGAUGCGUCUUUCGGUCAGCAAGAUGGGAGGUCGCAGAGCGGUGUGGUGAUCACCCUCAACGGAUCCCCGUUGGGGUGGAUCACCCUCACUCAAGGGUUCAUCACGCUUAGCACAGCGGAAAGCGAGCUCGUAGCUGCAGUCGAUGGUAUGUCUUUCACCCAAGCACUUAAACCUUUGGUCGACGAGAUGUUAGGCAAAGUAACCACUUGGUUCGUGUAUGGGGAUAGUGUAUCGUGCCAAAGUGUCCUCCUUUACCCCGCCGGGGCGUGGAGAACCCGACACCUAAGGCUAAGAUGCCGAUACUACCACGAGUUAAUUGAAGAAGACCUAAUAAGGCCCCACCACAUACCUGGAAAAUUUAUGCCCGCAGACGUCUUGACUAAGCCGAUGAUGUUCCCUAAGUUGGCCAGCCUGUUGGAAAUGGUAGGAGUAGGAGGGAUACCCACCUUAUCUAAAGUGACUAAGUCCGCCCCAAAGAAAAAAGGAACCCCUAACCAGAAAGUAAGUGACAACCCGGGUUCCAGUAGCAUUGCCGGCCCUUCCUCUACAGCAGUGCGACUGCUGGUUUUCGUCAGCUGUGUUCAGUCUGCCCGAGCAUCGGAUGAAAGCGUGAGCGUAGCUGAGGACUCCUGGUUCCUCUGGCUACAGUCCAGCCUUCUGCUGCACCGCCUAAUAAUCGGGUUUCUGAUGGUAAUGGUUGGUGUCUUGGGUUAUCUGUGUUCAUGGUAUAAAGGUGAACUAAGGUCCGCUAGGGUAAGGUUGUUAAGAGCUUUGGCCAAUGAGGCGCAACUCGAAGCUCACUUAGAAACCAUGCAGCGUGAGAACCUUGACCGACCUCUUCCACUUGUCCUCCGGGACAACCGGCCUGCAGAGGGCGAGCCUGAGAGCGAAGUGAACUCCGAUGUCGGUGAGCCGGAUCAGGAACAGGAGCCAACAUUGAAUGAUCCGCUGAGUCGCUUGCGUGUCAUCUUGUUUGCCGCCGGUGGCCUGGUGUUUCGCAUGAUUGGGCCCGAUGCUGUGCAGGUCAUGCUUCUCAGGGAGUUGACCCGAGGCAUGAGGUUUGCAGUUGCAACAGCUUACGAUAACACUCAAGUCCGUGUUCCUGCCCCGCUGGAUGAUGAGCCAGAUUCCAGUUGGUCAUAUGACUCUGCCCGCGGAGACUUCUUGUUGGAGUUGGCAGAAAUUCAUGCGCGGUUCCGUGACGAAGAUGAUUACAACCCUGAUGCAGUCCUUGAAGCUUUUGAAAGGUACGAGGCCAAUGGAGGAAUGAUGACAGCAGAGGUCUAUGAACCCCUCAGCCCAUCAGAGUUAGAAGCACUCCAUGAGGCAUUGAGGUAUUGGACGCAGCAUGGGAGGAGAGCAGAUCCAGGCGCUGAGCUUGUCCGGUAUGUAGAUGAUGUUGGCAUCGUAGGACCGCCUCACAUGAUAAAUGAGGAGGUCUGGAGGCUCGAAGCUGAGGCUUUCGGGUACCCGAUAGCACAGGCCGUGCUGUCAGUGGUGCUUCGGGGCUAUGACUUCGAUCUGGACCAGCUGUCUGAGGAAACGCGUCACGAGCUUCACGUUUUGGGCUACGAGCAUCUGUUUGCACCAAACCGGCUACAGGAACCAAGAGCUGAGUUCGAGGGCGAUGAUGAAACUGUUGUCCGGGCUGCGCUUGUGCUGUACCACAGUGGCUAUGGCUUUGACUGGGAGCAAUUCUCAGAGAGGCGGCAGGACAUGUACCACUGGUUCAUGGGGAAUUGGCUCCAGGACCUUCACGAGGUGGAUUGA